AUGCCACCUUCACCAAACUCUGGCUCUUUCUGCCUUCCCAACCACUCCUCGACUGUUCGGAGGCCUUUCCCUUUGUCUCAUGGGACAACCACCCUGGGUUUCAUCUUCCAAGGCGGGGUAAUAGCAGCUGCAGAUACACGUGCCAGUGCUGGAGGGCUUGUUGCCUGCCCCGCUGUUCAUAAGAUUACCCCCAUUCACUCCCAUUUAGUUGUCACUUCUUCUGGUAGCGGUGCAGACUGCAUGCUGUGGGAACGAAUCCUGACUCGAGAGAUCAGACUCUACCAACUGCGGCACAGACGUCGCCUUUCAAUACGUGGCACAGCCAAGCUCCUCUCCUUCAUGCUGCAUCCCUUUAAAGGUACUGAAGUGUGUGUGGCUCUUACUCUGUGUGGCUGGGAUAAGGAAGCAGGCGACUGUGCAUCGGAAUUAGGGGACUCAUACUUCAUGUCUGAUGAAAGCUCCUCAGCUGCUGUUACCAGAAUAACAGAUUCUACAUCUCGUAACAGUGGCCCAAAGCUUAUAUACGUGUGCAGCGAUGGAGCCCGACUGCAGGGAGAUAUCUUCUCUGUGGGCUCAGGUUCUCCUUAUGCUUACGGAGUUCUGGACGGAGGCCUGAAGUGGAGCCUGAGUAAAGAUGAAGCUAUCUCCUUGGCAAGAGAAGCAGUGUUCAGAGCCACUCACAGGGAUGCAUACUCAGGAAACAACGUGGACCUUUUUCACAUCACAGCCCAGGGAUGGAGCCAAAGAAAGAGGGAGGACUUGAAAGAGGAAUAUUACAGAGACAUGGAGAGGAGGAGUAAAGAUAAGAGGAAAGAUAAAGAGGGACUGAAGUGAAUGCUGCUAAAUUAAGCAAAGCGUUUAUGUGUGCGUGUGUGUGGGAGGAAAUGAUGGGAUCGGGGUAAAAUUUAGACAAAGGAACUCUUCACACAUCUAGUAGGUGUGUAGGAGAGGGAUGAGCAUUUCCAAAAGUUUCAAAAAGACUCCCACACACACUAUGUAACUUGCAAAAAUACAUUCAUUCACUACGAUUCGGUGCUUGAUCUCUAUCCGGAUAAUGGUUUGAUUCAAAGACGAGCCAGUUUAUAAAUACUGAAUGGCUGUAACUUAGCAAACAAUCAUCACACCCUACACACAGUAGGAAGACCUGAAUUAGAAAACAUCCUUCUAUUGAAAGUUAAUUUUUAAUAAUAUCAAGACAGAAUCAUAAAAAUCCCACACAAUCAGUAAUUGUGUAUUGAUCCUAUGGCUGGGAACCUUUCUGUGUUACAGCAGCAAAAAAGGAAGUGUAAAAGAUACAGGGAGCAUCAGUGAAAAAAAAUAAACAAGAAAUAAUCAAAGUAUCAUAAUAUUGUACAGAUUCUUCUACAUGUCAAAAAUCUAGGUAUGAGACAAAGGGUUAUUCUACGCUUUAAAAAAUUAACUCAGAGACACUGUUUAACUGUAAUUUUGUUUAACAA